UGGUAUAUAUAUACAUAUAAAGAACAGUAUUAUGCAUUCACUUACCUUACCAUUGCCGCCGCUUACUAUGGUGUUUAUUGGUCAAAUGGCGUAUGAUCAGUUCGGUCUUCUAAGGAAAUUUCGUGACAUGGAACAAGGGUACAAUAACUGGACAUUCACUGUGGCAAAACAUAACUCUUUUACGAAUAACUCCAUGUUUCGACUAUUAAAAAGAGUAUUGCACAGAUACUAUGGAUAUGUUAUAAUGUAUUGCCAAACAUAAUCUGGAUAUGUUGCAACAUAAUAUUCUUCAGUAUAGUGCAGAGUAUGACAAGUAAUAUGGAUAUGUGUUAAUGCAUUGCUAAAAUAUUAUAUACAUAUGGUAGGCAUUAUAGUGUCUGAUGAUGAAGCAAGCUAUUGAUUCGAAGAAAUAUGGAUAUUAAUAGGGAUAUAGUAUAUCAAUAGUGUUACUAUUUCUAAGUUAAUAUGGAUAUCUGACAGAGUAUUGCUCCGAUGUUAUGCAUAUGCUAUAAUGUAUUGCCAACGAUAAUCUGCAUAUUUUGCAACAUAACAUUGUUCAGUAUGGAGCAGAGUAUGAAAAUUGAUAUCAAUAUGUGAUAAUGCAUUGCUAAAAUAUUUGUAUAUGUGUGAUAGAUGAUAUAGUACCUGUUUAAGAGGCCAGCUAUUGCUUGGAAUGCAUAUGGAUAUUAAUAGGGAUGUGGUAUUUCAAAAUAUUAGUAUUUCUAAAUUAAUCUGGAUAUCUUACAGAGUAUUGCACAGAUACUAUGGAUAUGUUAUAAUGUAUUGCCAAACAUAAUCUGGAUAUGUUGCAACAUAAUAUUCUUCAGUAUAGUGCAGAGUAUGACAAAUAAUAUGGAUAUGUGUUAAUCCACUGCUAAAAUAUUUAUAUACAUGUGGUGGACGAUAUAGUGCCUGUUUAAGAGAGAAGCUAUUGUUUCAAAGAAAUAUGGAUAUUAAUAGGUAUAUAGUAUUUCAAAACGUUACUAUUUGUAAAUUAAUGUGGAUAUCUUACAGAGCAUUGC